AUGGCGGAGGAGCAAAUUGAUCAAAUAUCGCAACUGCCUGAUGACAUAUUGAGAAGUAUCUUGAGUUUACUUCCCACUAGGGACCUUGCUCGAACCAAUUUGGUGUCAAAGGCAUGGCGAAAGCUAUUUGCUUUUUCCUCUCUCCCAAUUUUGAUGUUCAAGUCUUCGGAUUUUCUCGUUGCACCUUGCAAAGACACUGAUGUCUCCUCCUUUAUCAAUGCCAUCGAUUCCUACCUAAAACUCCGUCAGAAAGAUGCAAGUCUUGAGAAACUUCGGCUCCAUGUGCAUCUCAAUGACGUCGAAUCGCUGAUAGACUCGUGGAUCAACGCGGCACUUGAGAGGAAGGUGAAGGAACUGGAUCUAUUUAUACUACCCAGGGGAAGGGCGAGAAGAAAGCCUUAUAGCUUGCCGGCUAAAAUUUUUGCUGCCAUAAAAAUUACUGUUCUCAGUUUACAGCGUGUCAUAAUGGAAAUCUAUGGUGAUAUAGAUCUUUCGACGCUACGAAAGUUGUAUUUAGGAGAAAUCUAG